CUCCACAAAAAAUACAAGUACAAAACAUGACGUUCCAAUAGAUAAAACCAUUCUGCCCAUCAAGGGAGUCUUCCCAGAAUGUGUCUAAUCAGAGAGGACUCAGCAAGAAGAAGAGGUUCCUGUCGCGUGGUCAAAUGGAUCCCCUUCAUCGUGAUCCUGGCCAUGGUGGUGUGGUCCUACUACGUGUUGGUCUACCAAAUUUGCAUACAGAAAGUGAAGGACUGGUGGAUAAUGGGGUUCCUGCUGUUCAUCUACCACCUCCUGCUGGUCAUGUUUCUGUGGACGUGGAUCCAGUGCAUCCGCGUGCCUCCCGCCAGAAUUCCCGAUCAGUGGAAAAUACCUGCCGAGGAUGUGGACAGGCUGAAAAGGAGCGAAGGCAUGGAGGGAGCAGCGCGUCUCCUUGGCAACGUCGCACGGAACUUGCCAAUCGCAACUUGUACACCCGACGGACUGGUUCGAUAUUGUAAGACCUGCUGGAUCAUAAAACCCGACAGGACCCAUCACUGUCGAACGUGCCACACCUGUGUGCUCAAGAUGGACCACCACUGCCCCUGGAUAGUGAACUGCGUCCACUUCCACAACUUCAAGUACUUCAUACUCUUCCUGUUCUACGCCGAGGUCUAUUGCUUCUUUAUUCUCUGCGUGAUGGUCUACGAGUUUUACUUGAUCUGCGGGUUCAAUCUUGCCUACAUUAAACAGGAGCAAACCUGGAGCUUCGUUUCCCACGUGGCAUGCAUCAUAUUCAACGCCUUUACCCUGAUUAUGUGCUUGGUUAGUGUAUUUCACGUAUCCCGAAAUCGCACCUCCAUGGAAUCCGAAUACUCUCCUCACUUUUUCGAGGGCGGAAAGAACAGACGUGGAUUCGAUUUGGGCUGCUGCACCAAUUUUCGAGAGCUCCUUGGCGAUAAAUGGUACCUGUGGCCCAUUCCUGUAUUUUCAAGUCGCGGCGAUGGAUUAUCAUUUCCGGUGGCAGUUGAGCGACUGAAGGCAGUCCGAACCGACAACCAGAGAAAGGAUAAUGGGCCAACCAGAGCUCAGAUUGUCAAAGGAAACAUGACCAGGAUUCUGGGAAUUCGGCAACCAAGUUUCGAAUAUGAAUAACUCCUUGUGAAAUCAUUCCACAGUAAAAUUAUCUUCCUUUGCUCAGGUACAUUAAAAGAAAUACAAACAAA